GUUCAUACAUGAGGGGUAAAACCAUGGUUUACCAGUAAAACUAGUAUCUUCCUGUGGCUUCCUGUCUGAAACACGAAAUGGAGAUUUUUGUGUAUAUACAAACGCAGAAGAUUUCAAAUAUGGAGACUCAAUCAAGAGACACAAUUAAAGCAAUGAUUACUAAGGAUUUUUCAGAUAUUAAUAACAGAUAUAUGGAAGUUAAAGUAUUUAUUAAGGACAGUUUGAAAGAUACUUUGGAUUAUCUUCAUGAUAUAAUUGCUCAAAUACCGAAUUCAGCAUCUGGUCCUUUGAUUACAAAAACUCCAAAAGUUUUAAGGAAAAAGGCAAAGCAACGUAUUGAAACCAUUCCAGAAAAUGAUGUUGUCGAUCUUACUAACAUGUCUUCAGAUUGCACUGCGGUGCAUGUAACAGUAGAAAAUAAUGAUAUAACAACAAAAUCUGUAAAUGAAACAAUGCCUGUUCGACGAAAAAGGGAAGCUUCAAUAAAAGCAGCAGACAAUAUUAAAAAACAGCAAUCUGUAUCUCUUAAUACAAAAUUACGAAGACCAUCGUCUGACCAUGAAGCUAGUGAUCUUGAUGUAAAAAAAAAAAAACGUGAAAGCCAAACCAAAAGAAAGAUAUCUACCAGAAGUAGUUCAGAUGAGGAAAGCAGUAAAGGACCUAGAAAGCUUACUAAGAUGGAAGAAACUAUUGUAAUUAAAAAAGUUCCAGAAAAAAUAUCAGAUUCACAUAUAGAGAAACAGUCUUCUCUAAAAACGAAUGGUAGAACAUCAAUGAAAUCUUCAACAGCAACAAGAAGUAGUAGUAGAAAGAGAACUUUCUCCCAGACUCAAGAUCCAAAUAGUAAUAAACAAUCUAAUAUUAUCGAUGAUACAAUUAUUGCACCUGAAACAAAUGAGAUCGACGAACCUUCAAUGUAUGAGGAUGCGAUUGGAAAACCUUUGCCUAUAAUGAAUUCUACAAUGAAUUUCAAUUCCACCUAUACUAUGCAAAAGAUGAUGUGUGCAACGGUAAUUUUGGAACCUUUAUCUGCAAUAAAACUAAACGAAACUGUAACAAUUAAUAAAAAGAAGAAAACAAGUACAGAUGGGAAAAUGGUUCCACCAAAUGGUGAAUUCAAAUCACCUAGAUUGUCGUCUACGCUUGGAUCAACUUCCUCGGUAGCCCUGCAGGCCAGGAUGGUACAGUUAAAAGAAGCUAUAGCAAACAAGGAAUUUGAUGAGCUACUCACAGAAGACGAAUCAUCUCCUGAAAUAAAAAAAAGGCGACAAAAUUCUAAAAUACAGGAAAAUACAAAACGACAAAAAAGAGUAACAAGAUCUACCGCUUCAAGCGAAGAUGAGAUUCUGAGUACCCCUGCGAAACCAACAUUAAAAGAGUUGAAUGCAGGCUCAACAUUCCAGGAAGUGAAAAAUAUGUAUAAAUCAAAUGCUUUGUUUAGUCCAUAUGCCAAGGAAUCUGUAAAAAAAAGAGUCGAAGCAUUUGAGCAAGUUGGUAUGAAUAGUCCAAAACCUGCUAUUAAUAUUGAUGUCCCGACUAGAAUGACUAGGACGAAAACACGAGCCCAGGCUGCUGCACAAGCAGAAACGUUAGAAAUUUCAAAAGCUGCAGAAAAAACAGUUGCUCAAAAAUUAGCACGAAAAUCGAUUGCGAAAGCUAAGAAAAUUUCAUUAGCAAAACAAUACAAGGAUACUGAUAAAGAGAACAAGAUUCAAGCAAAGCAGAAAGUUCUUUCGGAAAAAGUGAAACAAAAACAACAGAAAACAACUCCAUUGACUAAAACAAAAAUUCAGUUACCAUCGUCUGUUACUCGUAUUCCACAUACUCCAUUGAACAAUUAUUCUAAUAUAAAUCAUGGAAAGGCUUUAAGCGACGCACGUACUAACAUUAUUACGUCAAUGGACUCUUUCCUUCAACCUCCGAAAUCGGUUAAUAAAUGUAAUUCGACUGGCAAAGUAGAAGGUAAAAAAAGAAAAUUGAACGAUGACGAUGCAAAGAAAAAACGUGAAGAAGUACUAAGACUUUUAACAGAAGAAAGGAAAAAGAAGAGACAAGAAAAAGAAUUAAAAAAUAAAUUGGCAAGGGAAGCAAAAGAGAAACAGGAUAUGGAGAAACGUCAGAGGACUGAAAAGGAAAGAGAAGAAAAAGCACGCUUGGCGCAACAAAUGCUAGAAAAACAGCGUGAAGAAAUAGAAAAGAAACGUCUAGCUCAAUUACAACGAGCUAUGGAAAAGGAAGAAAAAAGAAAACAAGAGGAACAAAUACGUUUGCAACGUUUACAAGAACAGGAAGAGGCAGAACGUAUAUUAGCUGAGCAAAGGCGUCGCGAACAAGAAGCUGAAAAACGAAAAGAAGCCGAAGCAAGAGCUCAGCAACAAACUGCAGCCGAAGCGAUAAAAACUAAAAUUCAUAUACAUGGGACACAGACAAAAUAUGGAAGCAAACAUCACGGUCCGACAAAUUACAUUUUGGAUAGUGAACCUGAUGAGGAUGAAUCGGAUGACGAAUCCAGACCGAAGCAUGUAAUUCCAUAUUGGGCACACCCUCAAGUACGCAAAUCUCAACUUGCGAUGCAACGAUACAUUCCGGAAGGAGCAGUUUAUAAAUUUUUCGGCAGUAGGAAAUGUACGCCAGACUUGACGAAAUUGUUCCAAGGUAUAGAUAAAAAUAGAUUAAAACGUACAUCUAGUGCAAUCUGGCAAACGCCACCGCGUUUUUCCAUGAUGGGGUCCGAAAUGUUAUAGUCUGAAUUUAAUGUUGCUGAUUCCAUGUUCUUAUUACCAUGAGUGCCUUUACAUGUAAUAUAGAAUGUUAGAAUGAAAUUAGGAAUCAUACUAAUAUUAAUCAUUUUUAAGGUAGAAAGUAGAUUCAUUCAAUUUGAUUUGUCUUUGCCAUUUUUAUAUAUAAAUGUAUCGUUUGUUGAAGUAA